UGACGUCUGUAACGCUGAGACCCGCUCUGGGAGAGCUGAGACCUUCGCACAGGUGAGCGCUGCUGCGACUGUGGUCCUGGGGCCGCUAUGAGCUGCACCAUCGAGAAGAUUCUGACAGACGCUAAGACUCUGCUGGAGAGGCUGCGGGAGCACGAUGCGGCCGCCGAAUCGCUAGUGGAUCAGUCGGCGGCGCUGCACCGGCGGGUGGCGGCUAUGCGGGAGGCGGGGACUGCGCUUCCGGACCAGUAUCAAGAGGAUGCAUCCGAUAUAAAGGACAUGUCCAAAUACAAACCUCACAUUCUGCUGUCCCAAGAGAAUACACAGAUUAGAGACUUGCAGCAGGAAAACAGAGAGCUAUGGGUUUCCUUGGAGGAACAUCAGGAUGCUUUGGAACUCAUCAUGAGCAAAUACCGGAAACAGAUGUUGCAAUUAAUGGUUGCUAAAAAAGCAGUGGAUGCUGAACCAGUCCUGAAAGCUCACCAGUCUCACUCUGCAGAAAUUGAGAGUCAGAUUGAUAGAAUCUGUGAAAUGGGAGAAGUGAUGAGGAAAGCAGUUCAGAUGGAUGAUGACCAAUUCUGUAAGAUUCAGGAAAAACUAGCGCAAUUAGAGCUUGAAAAUAAGGAACUUCGAGAAUUAUUAUCCAUCAGCAGUGAGUCUCUUCAGGUCAGGAAGGAAAACUCAAUUGACACUGCUUCCCAAGCCAUCAAAUAAUUCAACUUCUGGAUAACGGCUGGAGAUUGUUUAUCAAGGAAGGAAGUUAUUAUCUCUCUAUUCAAGUAUUGUCCAUUCAAUGUCAUGCCUCAGACUUGAUUUAUUGUUGAUUAAAUAUAUCAAGUGGCAGUUUAGAAUUCGCAGUCAAAAGUGGCUGUCCACAAAACAGAUUUUGGGUGUGUUAGUGAAAAUACACACUGAGUUUCACCAUUCCUUUUGCUAAGAGACUACUUUUAAUUUUCAUUUCUGGGACCUCAAAUUAUAUAAACUGUGUUUUCAGUUCAGUUUUGUUCUUUCAUAUCUCUGAAACUUCGAGCAUUUUAUUAUAAACCAGCAAUUUUAUUUUAUAUAGGAUUGCAAAUUGCAAUUCUAAAAAAUUUAAAAAAGAGAUUACUUUUUAAAUCUAUUUGGCAUAAACCUGGGUUUUUUCCAUUUGAGAAAAAUAAUACAAUUCUGCAGAAGUAGAUUGGCAGGUCCUCUAACUUGUAAUGUCAUUCACCUUUUAUGAAGUUCUAAGUCUCUCUGGUGCUAAGAGUUGGCACUUUAUGGCCUGGUGUCUUUACUCUUAAUUUGAGAGAACCUAUUGCUAGUCCCUGGGAAACGUACUUGAAAAUAAGUCAACUUUUUUUUUUCUAGUGGUAGUAUAAUCAUCGUAUUGUUCAAAGAAUACUGAAAAAUGUAUCCUGUGUUUGUGUAUGUUAGAUGCUAAAAGUAACUUUCAUUGUUCUGUU